AUGCAUUUUACGUGGGGCGCCGGAAGCCGAGACAGCUGGUCACUGAACGUCGGUAUCCGCCUGGGUGGCCCUCGUUACAGACCUAUGUCAAAAAAUCACAGCGACAUCGGUGACCGUGCCUCGCAUCGAACUACGGCUACGAAAGACGUGACGCGGAAAUGUCUGCCCGAUUCCCAUGGAGAGGUUCAUUUGUGCUCAAUACCUGAGCAGGACGCCUGUACAUUUCUACUCCUCGCCGUUGCGUGCGAGUAUUCCGCGAUUGCGGCCUGCGCCGCCUUGCGAAGUCGCUGUGUCUUCAUGUCCGCCGGACACUAA